CGACGCCGACGGCAGCAGCAGCAGCCUGGCCCCGCUCUCGCAAAUCAACCAUGCUCGCCAUCAUUCUGGCCCUUCCCGCUUUGGUCGUCCACCACAACGACAUCGCGCCAUCCAACGCCCUCAAGCUCCGAGGCGGCGUGGCUCUCGACACCAAGACGCUCAACACGAUCAACGGCCUGUACCACGUUGGCUUUGGAGCAGCACUUUACGCAGACCCCAACGCCUUUGCUGACUCGGGUGCAUCACCCAUCAAGUACACGGCCGAUGCCGAAGGCCCCGUCGGCGCUUUCACCAGCCGCGCCUUUGGUGCGAUGAUGCUUGCCCUGAGCUCCGCCGCCUACUUCGACCCCGAGAGCACUGGCGUUCUCAAGGCGUUCGCAAUCGCGGAGGCGCUCUUCACUCCGAUCCUCGUCAAAAACAUCCAGGACGGCGAGCCCGCGUUCAAGAAGAAGAUGUGGAUCUUCCAGUCCUUUGUCCACAUCCCACUCGCCGCACUCAUGCUUUUCAAGGCGUUCAAGUGAACCAAAAAUGGCGUGGCGAAAAUGCUUGGGUAAAAUGCGUGAUCCACGACGGGCAUUCCAUCCAUGUCGAUGUCCAUGUGCCUGUUCGAGGUAUCAUGAUACGUGCUCCCAUUGAAGCAGCAUUGUGGGUGGCCCGCCUCGACGGAUUGAAUACCGAAGAGCCUGGCUCGAGCCUGAUCAAGGCGUGCCAGCACAGGGAAAUUGAACGCAGAAUGGGCAGGGCGCCAGGGCGUGUCUCUGCCCGGGUGCGGAGUGCGGUGGGGGUGGUGGAAGUGAGGGAAAAUCGACUAUGCUUCCGGGCUGUAUUAGUUUUUUUACCCAGCCGUACACGAGCU